AGUCACGUGAAUAUUGUGGGCGCAUGCGCAUGCUCACACCCGGAAGUCGGGGGAACCUACUUAUCAUUUGAGUGAGGUCUGGGUCAAAACUAGUUUGUAAAAAUGUGCAAAAGGCGCACACUGAGAGCUCUAGUGCAGGAGCGGCUGACUGCGGCUGCGGAGGAGAUCUUUGCGCUGUUUGAGAGGACGAUAGCGGAGUAUGAGGAGGAACUGCGCCGCUCCAAAGAGGAGAACCAGAGGAGCCUGAGAGGCCCGCUGCAGACCGCAGACCGGGACAAGCAGCUCGUGAAGCCAGCACCAGAUAGGUUCCACAGUGCAGCUUUAAAUCCAGGUGACCAGAUGCCCUGGCUGAGUCCUGGUCUGAAGCAGGAAUCCCCAGAGACUCCACAAGUGAAAGAGGAGCCAGAGGAGCCAAGGGUCAAACAGGAGGAAGAGCAGCAGCCAGUGUAGCUCCACCAUUUAAACUCAUCGAAUACUGUGUCACUCACACUGCACAUUUCACUGACUCCACAUCUGUGCAUGAUUUUACAGGCCUGUCCCCGAGUCCAGCAUUGUGUGUGUGAAGACAGAAGAGUCCUCAUUGCUUCAACAAAGACAAACUGAGCCCAACGAAGAGGAGACACAGAGAGGAGACAUCAGUGCAGGGACCACAACUGCUGUGGACACUGGAGACAUCUCAGGAACAGCUGUAAGGACUGAAAAUGACAAACACCAGUGUCCCUUUUGUACCAAGAGUUUUGGGCAUCGACUGUUUUUAGAGAGACACAUUAGAGUUCAUACUGGAGAGAGACCUUACAGCUGUCCAGUCUGUGAAAAAACAUUUGCCCAAAAGAUAAAUGUACGAUCACAUAUGAAAAUACACUCAGGAGAGAAACCAUUCAGCUGUUCAGUGUGUGAGAAAACAUUUACUCAAAAGACACACCUUACGUCACACAUUAGGACUCACACAGGGGAGAGGCCUUACAGCUGUACAGUCUGUAAUAAGGGCUUUGCUCUGAAAGGAGGGCUGCACACACAUAUGAGAACGCACACAGGUGAAAAACCCUACAGCUGUUCAGUGUGUAUGAAAACAUUCUCCCACAGGACGACACUAGUGUCACACAGAAGAGUUCACACGGGAGAGAGACCCUUCAACUGUCCAGUCUGUAACAAAGGCUUUGCGGAGAGCUCCAAUCUCACGAGACACAUCACGACUCACUCAGAAGAGAGACCAUUCAGCUGUUCAGUCUGCCGUAAAACAUUUGCCAGUAAGAGAAUCCUCAGAGUCCAUGGAAAAACUCAUUCAAGUGAAAAGGCUCAUACAAGAACUCAUGCCAAUGAGAAACUGUUCAGCUUUACAGAGCAGGACUGAUGUGUGACCUGGUUUACAGUUAAUAUCUCUGUAAUUACUGGACCUAUCCGCAUGAAACAAAAACUGCCACAAAGCUAAUUAUCAAGUGUAAAAGUGUAUUAAUCCAGAAGUAGACAUUUUUAAUGCCUUUUUAAACAGAUUUAUUAUUUUUUUAUUUUGAGUCUGUGCCAAGAGAAUACGACAGAAAAGCACAAUUCUGUAAACUUAUGAACCCACCUCCAUUAUAACAGUUUCCUAAUUUGUGUGUGCUUAUGUUUGAUGUAAUAAUGUCCAUCGCUCAAGAUAAAAAUAAACUGUCCGCAUCAAUGCAGAAUAAUACUUUUGUUUUUAAAAAUCCUAUAUUACACAACAUUGACUCUCAUGAGCUUUAAGCCAUGUUAUAAUGCUCUUACCUUUUCAAAAACAGACCUGGAGUUGUGUUUUGUUUCGUUCACACAUGUUUGAGUAACACCUUAUUAUUAGUCUGUCUACAUCUCCAAAGCUCAAAAUGUUCUGUUCCCACCUUGUGAUGUCAUGAUGUUAACAGCUGUUUUUAGCCUGAACUGAUUUAUUCUACUGGAACAGGUCUAAACUCUCAGGUAGAGUUCUCUGUGUAACUGUUGGAUUAAAGAUGUGUUGACCUUUG